UACACACACUCGAGCUCCUCAUUUUUUCUUGUCUUCAUCUUUUGUUCACUGCUCUUGUUCCCUAUCCUCACAAGUACAUUCGUGAGUCUAGGGUUUAUCUUUACUUGUACAGUUCAUCCGGUUGGAGAUCUUUUUGUUCCUGUGUUUGUUUGUUAAUCUGUGAUGACAGAUUUGCUCUGUCUUUGUAUUUUGUGCUAAGAUUCAUAAUAAAGCUAUUUGAUUCUUGAGUUCUGACACCCUUCCCAAUUCUUCUUCUGGAGUAGGUGAAGUAAGUGUAGGUGGCUCGACGUUUCAAACCGUGAAACCGUACAAACCGGUCAUCGAUUUGACUUCACGGUCGGUUUUUUUCAUCUAACUUUCGGUCGAUCAGUUUCAACAAUUUCAAAUCGUAACGAACGGUUUACUUUGCGGUUUAUACCGAAAAACCGACUGUCACUCGCAAUGUCGAUGGCGGAGACAUGUUGUUUGCAUGUGUGUUAAACGACUGAACUGUCAGUAAAUAGAUGAUUUAUAUGGUAUUAAAAAGACAAACAAAACAGCUGCUGGUAGUUAUGCUAGAUAGUAUUAGGAUUUUUUUCCCUACGUGCCAGAAAACGCCGUGAUCGUGUGGGCGCGGUGUGGAUGCCGUAUGAGUCACGUAGUGAAGCAGUUGUUGAAUGGUCACGGUGUAAACCUAACGUGUUCGAGUUUGAAGAAGACCAAGAAAACAAUGUUGCGAAGGAGCUUGAGCCGAUCGGAGCGGAACACGAUGGUGAAAAUAAGCAGCGUGUUCAGUUUCCGGCCGUUUUUAUCGGCCGACGGAUGUUCGGAGGGUUGGAUCAGUAGCCUUCUUAUCUUCAGCUUGCAAAUAUUACUGCUAAUCAGGUGAGUCUUUUUUCUUGUAUAGUUAAAUUAUGUUUUAGCCUUAUGUUGAUUUUUUUUCGGGUUUUGACGUGGUUCCUUAUUAUUUUAGAGGCUACAUUAUUUAGUGUAUAAAUGUCAGGUCAUAAGAGGUUACGGUUGUCAAAUGUCGGUUCAAACGUUGCUUCAACGUCUACUGAACCUCUUGGUUUACAUUCCUACAUGGAAGAUGGUGAUUGCCUACAUGUUUGCAAUUUUUGUGGUGCUUUAUUUUGGUUGGAAGAGCGAGUUUCAUGUAGGAUGUUUACAGGUGGCUUUGGUUAUAAUCAAUGUUGUAGAGGUGGUUUGGUAGCAUUACCGUUCCCUAGAAGGCCGUUUACUUCUAUUAUACACUUGUACAAGCAAGCUGAUUUUAUGGCAAACAUACGAGCAUAUAGUUCGAUGUUUUCAAUGACGUCAUUUGGUGCGACAAUAGACGAUAACGUUAACCAUGGUGGUGGACCUUAUGUCUUUAAGAUUUCCGGACAAAUAUAUCACUGGAUUGGUUCAUUGUGCCCUCCAGAUAGCGAAAGAUCUAGGUUCUUGCAAAUGUAUAUCUUUGAUCCCGAGAAUGAGAUACCAAAUAGACUUGCGUCUUUUCGAAAUGAAAAUAGCUCACCUUUAUCUGCCAACACCGUGGCCUUAAUUUCAUCUGUGCUAGAUAGUUGCAAUGAGCUGGAUAAAUUAUUUCGAAAAGAUAGAGAUCUUUGUUGUUCUGAUGGUACACAAAUGUAUGGCAUUUGUCUUUACGGGUCUCAGAAUGAGCGUUGCUAUGAAAAACCCUCGCCUGGCUGUAUUGGGCAAUUGUCACCGAUGCUGAUCCUGUAUGCAGUUAGUUUGAUAUUGUCAUACGUACCAAGGAAGGCACGACACAACGGAUAAGCAAAUUGAUAAGUUUUACAUGCCAUUACAGUAUCCCUUGCUAAUGCCUUUUGGC